AUGUCUACUAGCCAAGUUUUCCAUCCAGAAGUACUUUGGGCACAACGCGCCAACGAACUUUAUGUUACUAUAAAUUUAGUUGACAUCAAAGAUCCAAAAAUUAACGUGACUACGAAUAAGAUCUCUUUUGAGGGGAUCGGAGGAACAGAACAAAAGUUAUACGGUUUUGAACUGGAAUUAAAUAAAGAAAUUAAUCCCGAGACUUCAAAACGUUCACAGACUGGACGUAACAUUAUCCUUGUUCUUAAUAAAGCUGAAAAUUGUCAAGGUUACUGGCCACGUUUACAAAAAGAAAAAGGUAAAGUUACUUUUCUAAAAACCGAUUUUUCAAAAUGGAAGGAUGAAGAUGAAGACGACGAAGAAGGAGGAGGUGGCGGCGAUCCAUUGGGUGGAAUGGAUUUUUCCAAUCUAAUGGGUGGUGAUUCCGGUUCAGGUGCUGAUCUUUCUGAUUCGGACGAUGAUGAACCUCCGGCUUUGGAAACUGUCACUGAUGAAACCAGAUUGAAUGAACCAAAAGAGGAUGAAUUUAAAGAGGGUGAUGGAAAAGGAUCUGCCAGCGAAACUGUUCAAAAGGGUGAAUCUGGCAAAGAAGUAAACGAGGAAUCUAAAGAAUGA